AUGGGGAUCCAGGAGCUAGGAUUUGACGAGGAAGGUGAUGACAGCAAGCACAGCCAGGCCAGUCCUGCCCAGUACAAGCCCAGAGGUUACGAUUGA